CUUUCAUUAUCUUCAACUCUCCCACAAUUUAACCACCUCGCCGGUUAUUCUUAUAACCAUCGGAGACCGUGGAAACUCCGGAGUGCACCGAAGCAGUGCAACUACUCCUCAUCAUCUAGACUCCAAAGGGAGGAAAGGGAAGGCAGUCGCUCGGAUGUCUCUAAAAUCUUUAUUUGUAAUAUGCGGUGCAGCAUUUUUUUGUCGUAUUGGACAUCACUAAUUCAGUAGCAUGGAAAUCAUCACAAAAUCAUCGGAAUGUCGUCCAAGUCUUUGUUCACCAACAUAAAGAUGUUGAAAACAUCUAUGGCUAUGACAAUACACCUCUGCUUAAAGCAGUUGCAGAUCUGAUGAAAGAAGGUCAAACUUGUGAUGUGCACCUAAUCUACACGUUACAUGCUACACUUGUUAUCCCUCCUGUAUUAAGGAUCAAAAGAUUUCAGCUUUUGAGUGCUAAAAAUUAUAAAAAUGGACAGUCGGAGGAUGCUGAGGAGAUAGUGCACAAGGCUUUCGAUGAUUUAACUGGUAGUUUGGAAGAUAAAUCUGUUAGCACAGGAAGUUCGUUUUUGGCAAAACUGGCAAUAGCACUAGGUAUUGCUGCUACAAUUACAUUCCUAUCCAUUGGCCUUAAGCAGCCUAAUCAAGGAUCAAAUUUUGGGAUUCAAUAUCUGGUUGAUGGAUCAUCAUCUUCCACAAUUUCUACACCUGCUCCUGGUUUUUCUUUCAAAGCUUUUGGCUAUAAAGUCAUGCUUCCAGAAUAUGCUCCAGGAUGGAUCUACUUUUGGCUUCUGAUGGCAGCUGGUUUUGGACUUUUUAUCAGUGAGGAGGCUUUGAAUAUAUGGGUUGGAAUCUCUAUAGCACGGAUGCUUGUUCUAGAUGGGACGUGGCAAUCAGUAGUGAACUCCUUUUCCAGAAAUGCUCCAUAUAUAACAUCCACUAUUCUCUGGGUGUACUGGGGUGUUUGUAUCAGUGAUAUGAUACCUUUUUACCUUGGGAAGCUUUUUAAGCAAUCUGGUGCAUCCGAUGAUGUUUGCUCAAAGUUAGGGAUUGGAAAUCAGAAGGCAAGAGAUAUUACAAAUGCUGUACAAAAAUAUGGGAAUCUCAUUGGUUUUGUGGAACGAUUUUCUCUUGGAGUGAGAAAUCCCACUGCUUUCCUUGCAGGGGCUCUGCACAUAUAUAUUGCAGGAUAUAUCACCAGAGUGUUUCUUUGCCGGUGUCUGUUGCGGAGGCUUGAUCACUCUUCCAAUUCAGUUGACAAUUGGAUUUUUACUAAGAGAGCGUCCAGUAUUUGCCGUUGCAACCGUUACUACUGUAGUGGGAAUCUGGACUAUAUUCCCCUACGCAGUGGCUACUUCUACAGCAUUAUUCCUAUAUCUACGGCGCCAGUUUUCUGGUUAGGCCAACUCAUUACUUUUAUGAUUGGUUAACAAGCCGUAAAGAAUGUGGAGGCGAGCACUGAUGCAAGCCUGGAUGGAUAUUGUUAUUAUUUGUUUAAAAUCAUCAAUGACCUCCUGUAUCUUCCAAAUCAAAUUGAUUGAAAUCCGUCAGAGAUAUUCUAAACUGAUAAACGGGCACUAGUCUUUAUUCACAAUAAGAAUGUUCAAUUCCUUAAGAUGA